AUGACGGCCACACCAACAUGGAGAGAUGCCAACGCAUCACAACUUUACACAACAGGCAUCAUUGGCUUCGGUGCCUUCUUCCUCUUGCUCUCAGGAGCCAAUGUCGCCAAUGCCUAUCUUCGACACGCUAUCCAAAGCGGCCCUUCAGAGCGCAGCAACUCUUCUCAACCCAACAAGCAACCACAAGGACGACGCGCAAGCACCUCAAAUCAAGCCUCCACCGGCGAACCACGCCAGCGAGUAGGCAAAACAACCCAAGAAAGCACAGUUCAAGUGACCUACCCCAUAACACUCGAAAUGUGCGACAACGCCUUCCACGCUGGAAGCUCUAUGGUCAAUCGCUUCUCCCACCAUUCCGACGACACAUCCGACGCUCUGCCCAAGAUCCGUGCCGGUGCACUGUUCAAGCUAAUCGACGUAGUUGCUGGAGUUUCGGCGCGCAAGCAUGCCGAGCUGAGCUGUGUCACUGUCAGUGUCGACUCGGUUCUCCUACUCGCCCCGAUAUAUCUCGGCGGCUUGGUCCAUCUCUCUGCCUCGGUCAACCGAGCAUGGGGAAGCAGUCUCGAAGUAGGUGUUCGCGUCGUAAAAGAAGAUCCUCGCACAGGUGCACGCGAAUACGUCAGUCACGCAUACAUGACUUUUGUCGCCAUCUCCGGCCAACCCACCGCAUCGUCCAGCACAGUAUCGCAACCACCAGCAAGAGUUCGCCUUGCAUCACGACAGAGUUUCGCACCAACCUCGCUCUGGCAGCGCAUAACUUCUCUCCUCUCUGGUCCGAGUCAGCCUGUUAAAGCGUCCAAAUCUCAACUUCUGCCGCUGCUACCAAGAACACCGUUGGAAGCAAGACGACACAUUCUCGCAGGCCGUAGAAGAGCAAAGCGCAUUGCAAACGCUCAGAGGGGUGAAGCGCGCGAUGGCGUCUCCACAGAAGUCAAGAAACGGCUCAAAGAGGAAGUACAAGAGAUCUCAAGGACUGGUGGCAAAUGGCCAUGUCCAGCAGAAGCAGAGACUGGAGGUUGGACACCGGGCAGGCUCAAGAUCGAAGCGGCUGACUUGCUGCUCUCUACUGGUGUGGGGGAUCAUGUUUCGGCUGUUCCUGGCAAGAAGACGGAGCAAGAGUGUCAAUUGGAGGCGUUGGAAUUGGAGUUUGUGGUUCAGGCGUAUGUCUCUCGAGAUCCUGCGGUGACAGUGGAUGACGAAAGGGGGAUCGUCGAGAUCAAUCUCUCGGGCGACAUUCCUAUUCGACACCCGCUCAAGGUGGUGAAGAGGCUAGCGAAGCAAAUCGAGGAAAGACAGCCUGCAGAGCCUGCUUCUUUCCCCUCAAGUUCGCUCUUUGCGAGUAAAAUCCCAGAAUCGGGUUCAAUCCCACUCCCAUCACCAAGCGCACCGCGUACCGCACGUCCCAACAUCAAAGCAGCCUUGUUGGAAACUGAAUCAAUCUCACCACCCAAACCGCCCUCCACCCGGCGCCGAUCCAUCUUCUCCCCCCUCAAACCAGCACAGGAACGAGAAGGAGACACCGACCUCGACCAAUCCUCCACCAACACACCCAUCAAACAACACACGUCUUCUGACCUCACUCGUGCCCGACUUGGCUCUAAGCUCACGAAACCCAUCAAAGUCGCCAAAACUAUGGCUCGAACCCUCCACCUCGUCUUCCCCGAACACACCAACUCUGUAGGCGUGCUAUUUGGAGGUCAACUGAUGGAUUGGAUGGAAGAAGCAGCUCUGCUUUCCGUGAGGCAUGUGGGGAGGGGGAGAAGGUGGGGAACGGUGUCUUUGGACGGGUUGGAGUUCGAACAGGCAGUGGCGGUAGGCGAAUCUAUGACGUUUAUCUCUGUGGUAGUGCGGACGUUUGUUCAGUCGUGCGAGGUGUAUGUGCUUGCGAUCGCGGAGGCGAGGAACGGGACGAGGAGGAUUACGAAUGAUGCGCUUUUCACCUUGGCUUUUCCGCUGGAUGAGGGGGAUAUAUCAACUUCGAUGCUGGCGUCUGUGAGGGAUGGGAAUAGGGCUAGGUUGUUGAGGCAGGUGGAGAUGCCGGUGGGGUCGGCGUUGGAAAAGUUUGCCGAAGUUGCUGCGAAAAGGAGGGAAAGUAGGCUGGAGAUGAAGGAUAUGUUGGCUAGGAUUUACUCUGAUCCUACCUGA